AUGAGCGCAGAUUCCGGCUGGAUGAUUACCUUGUUGUGGUUUGCUUUAAAGGUACUCAACGUGGCCAAUACCGUUCUCUGUAUCUAUGGGCUUUCUGGAAACGGCUUAGGAAGAGAUACUUGGAAAGUCAGCCCCGACACAGUCACGGACUUUCUCAUGUUCCUAUAUAUAGGCCAAACGAUCUACGCUUCGGAUAUUUUCGUCACCAAGAUUUGCGUGUUGCUAUUUUACCUUCGAAUCUUCCCCGUUGUCUCGGUUCAACGAGUGAUCUGGGCGACCAUCGGUUUAUGCACCCUGUGCAUGAUUGUUUUCGAUAUUUUGGCAAUUGCGCAAUGCAGACCGAUUAGCUUUUUCUGGAUAAGCUGGGAUCAGCUCCAUGAGGACGAAGGAAUAUGUAUUGGAGUCAAUGCUCUUGGCUGGGCUAUUGCUGCGGCUUCAAUCAUCCUGGAUGUUUGGAUGCUCGCCAUACCACUCUCUCAGCUGGUGCAACUGCAGAUGAAGUGGAAAAGAAAGGUCGCAGUUGGCUUGAUGUUCACUGUUGGUACAUUUGUUACCAUCGUCAGUAUCUUAAGACUUCGGUACUUGGUAGCUUUCGGCAGAUCCUCGAACCCCCUCUGGGACAGUUUUAAUACCGUAUAUUGGUCCGACAUCGAGAUCAACGUUGCGAUUUGGUGUGUCUGUAUGCCCGACCUCCGAAUGGUUAUACGAAAACUCUUCCCCAAACUAAGGAGCUCCACCGGCUCUAGCAACCCUCCCCUAGGGUCCGACCCGAUGUCACCACAGCAGGGAAGAUCUGGCAACAACUCAUCGUUUCACACGAAUGAGAAUGUAUAUAAAUCUAAGCCAAUCCAAAGACAUGGAGAGGAUGAGCCUUCGUCAAGUACGGCGGCCUUGGUAGAGCUAUCAACUCUAACGUCUAGACAUGACACUAGAAGUUUAGUAUAG